AUGGCCGGCACAACAAAUACAGAUGAUAAUCCCCCGUCAAACAGGCCGGCGACCGCCUUUGAUGGAAUAUCCGACUCACAAUCGGUCCACUCGGCCAGAGAAGCCGACUACCCAACCGGCAUCAAACUAUGGCUUCUAUUCAUCAACCUAGGUGCAGUCCUGAUCCUGGGCAGUAUUGAUCAGAAUAUUGUCGCCACAGCUGUUCCCAGUAUAACAGACUACUUCCACACCGUCGCCGAUGUGGGCUGGUACUCAUCCGUCUUCAGACUGUGCCAGUGCGCAUCCCAAUUCAUGUUCGGCAGGGCAUAUAAACUCUUUUCUAUCAAGCGCGUGUUCUUGUUUUCGAACUUCAUCUCUAUAAUUGGCUCUGUCCUUUGUGGUGCAGCUACUACAUCGCCCAUGCUCAUCGUCGGCCGGGCCGUGGCCGGGCUGGGCUUUGCCGGUCUUCUCUCAGGCUGUUGGGUGAUCCUUGUGCUAUCAUUACCACGACGCAAACGACCCAUGUUUAUCGGCAUCCUCGCCGCCGUCGAAGGCAUAGCUACACUCUCCGCGCCGCUGCUAGGUGGUCUCAUCGUGGAAUCAUUCGGCUGGAGGUGGUGUUUCUAUAUCAACGUCCCCAUGGGCGUGGCUACAUUGUUGUUGACAAUAUACUUCUUUUCCGAUACACAAAAACCCAGCGACGUUGCGCAGAUGAAACUCACUCAAAAAAUUGCUCAACUCGACUUGGUGAGUAACAUGCUCUUCAUCCCGGCGCUGACAUGUCUCUUUCUCGCUUUCUCCUGGGCCGGGACGAAAUAUCCCUGGGACAGCGGCGCGGUGGUAGGCCCCCUUGUAGCUUUCGCGGUUCUCAUAGCAGUAUUCAUCUACAAUCAAAUCCGUCGAGGGGACGCGGCUGCUAUCCCCUUACGCAUUCUCAAACGCCGCAGUAUUGUCGCUGGAUGUAUCUUUAUUACAUGCGUCAACAGCACGGGCACUGUGCUCGAAUACUAUCUUCCUACAUACUAUCAAGUCGUCCGAGGAUACUCGCCCGCCAAAAGCGGAUACAUGAUGCUCCCCAUCAUCAUCGCAGGCACCAUUGGCGCGCUUGUGCAUGGCAUCGGAACCAGCUCUAUGGGGUAUUAUGCGCCCUUCAUGCUCUUUGCGUCCAUCACAAUGCCCAUUGCCGCGGGCCUCAUAACCACGCUCAGAAUCAAUACUAGUUUCACGCAGUUGAUUAUCUAUACUGGGUUUUCCGGCCUGGCGUACGGCAUCGGCUUCCAGGGCCCGCAGAACGCGGUGCAGACGGUGCUAGAUACAGAUGAUAUUCCGCUGGGAACAUCGAUUAUGCUUUUCUGGCAGUCCUUUGGCCCUUCUGUGGCCAUUGCUGUUGCGCAGGUGCUCUUUGUGAAUCAGCUCGAGACGAAUUUGAAGGGUCUGGUGCCGGGGGUUAAUGGAACGGAUAUUGAGCAGAUGGGACUGACGCAGAUUGUGUCGGGCUUGUCGCCUACAAACUCAAAAGAGGUUCUUGUGGCGAUUGAUGAGAGUCUGAUUCAGACGUGGUAUUUUGUUGUGGGAUUGGCGUGUACGACGAUGAUUGGGAGUUUGAUGAUUGAGUGGCGGUCGGUUAAGACGAGGCGUGACUGA